AUGACUCGUCUUGUUUUUCUUUUAUUCAUUACAACUGUUAUUUCAAGUUCAGUUUAUCGACCAGUUGUUCUUAUGCAUGGUAUUAUAGCAUCAGCUCAUGAUAUGGAUGAAUUAGCUGGUUGGCUUCGAACAUCCUUUCCUGGUAUAUAUGUUACUUCAAUUGAGAUCGGUAAUGGUGCAGAGGAUUCGUUUCUGUGGCCGUUAGAAAAACAAGUUGAACAUUUUUGUAGACAUGUUCUUGCUGAUGAACAUCUACGUCAAGGUUUUAAUUUACUUGGAUAUUCUCAAGGAAGUAUUAUUGCACGUGGUGCACUUGAAAGAUGUUCAUUACCUGUUCAUAAUUUAAUAACAUUAAGUGGUGUUCAUCAAGGAGUUUUUGGUGUACCAUAUCUUAUAAUGUUACCUGCACAAUUUCGUGAAUUAAUCACAAAAUAUGCAUAUGAAAAACCAGUACAAAAUACGAUUAGUGCAGCAAAUUAUUGGCGUGAUCCUGAUCGAUUGAAAAAAUACACAUCUGAAUGUCAUUUUCUUCCCGAUAUAAAUAAUGAACAUGAAGUACGAAAUGAAACUUAUCGUGCAAAUAUGCUAAAAUUAAAUGCAUUCGUUAUGACCUAUUCUGAUAUUGAUGAAAUUGUUGCACCUCGGCAUUCAGGUUUAUUUAUGGGUUAUGCACCAAAUUCACUUCAUGUUGAAACAUGGAAUAAUUCAAGACAAUUUACAGAAGAUCUUAUUGGAUUAAGAACAUUAUUUGAACAAGGGAAAUUAUAUACUUUUACAUCUCAUGUAAAACAUCAAGAUGUUCCACAUAAACCAAACAAAGACUUUCUUAUAAAAAAUAUAUUUCCUUUUUUUAAUAAUACACUUUCAUAG